AUGACCAAUAAAUUAACUGGCAGCACCUUGCUGCUUAUUACCGGCAUCUUUUGCUUUUCACCGACAGCAAACGCACAGCAACAGCACUUUUGCGCCAGCACCAAGGCACAGGCUUAUACCGCUACAACAGCACUGAAAGGCACCAUUGCGGACACUGCCGAAACGCACUAUGAUGUGAAGUAUGUAAAGCUGGAUAUUGCACUGACCAACGCCAAUAGUUCCGUUUCCGGCUUUGCCACCACACGUGCAGUGACCACCGUGCCAACCAAUGCUUAUGUUUUUGAGCUGACUAACGAACUGGUUGUGGAUUCCGUAAAGAUCAAUGGCACCCUGCGCCCAACCAUCUCCACAGGUGAUGUCCGCAGGGUAACGCUGGCCACAACACUGCCCGCUAAUACUGCUUUUGAGGCGACUGUUUAUUAUAGCGGCGUCAUUCCUUCUGGCACUGGUUUCUUCGGCAGGGGCAUCAAUACGGUACUUUCUACAGCCAUGAACAGAACGGUGACCUAUACCCUCAGCCAGCCUUAUAGCGCCAAAGACUGGUGGCCCUGCAAGCAGGACUUACAGGACAAAAUAGAUUCGACAGAUAUCUGGAUCACGGUAGACAGCUCCCUUAAAGCGGGCAGUAAUGGCUUACUGGAACGCAUCACUACUACGGGCGCUAAAAAAAGAUAUGAGUGGAAGAACAGGUACCCGAUCGAUUACUACCUGCUGUCGGCAGCAGUAGCGCCCUACCUGGAAUAUUCUUAUUACCUGCAUUUCAAUAACAGCACCGACUCGAUGCUGGUGCAAAAUUAUAUUUAUGGCAAUUCACUCGCGCAGCGCAAACCGAUCCUGGACAGCACGGGUUUAAUGAUCAACUACUUCUCGGACAUUUUUGGCCGUUAUCCAUUCUGGAAAGAAAAAUACGGUCAUUGCACCGUGCCGCUGAGCGGUGGCAUGGAGCACCAGACCAUGUCGACAAUGGGCCUUUACGGCACAGAUAUUGUGGCUCAUGAGCUCGGGCACCAAUG